UCUUUUUCUUCAGUUGCUGCUGCUUGUGUGCACCCUCCCUCUACCGAAACGUCGUUUGCUCCGAUCAUCCCAGUUUUGCAAAAACCUUCAUUGCAAACAUCUAGAUUAGCGUAAUAUCGUGGCCAAGCGGUGGCGUUGCAGAAAUAAUGGAAUACCAGUGAAGUGUGUAGUGGAAGUGUGAUCGAAUAAUAAUAAUAGUAACAGAGCAGUGCUGUCAAUAGAAAGCUCACACACAGACCAAUACAGCCGAAUGUGUUUAAUGUAAAGGAAGCGAACAAAACGUGUAAUAGGAAGUGAUCUCUGGAGCAUUACGCAAGAUAUAAAGGUGAACAAUCUGCUGCCACUAACACCAUGCUCCAGUGGACCGGCAAACGGAACUGAUCUGAUGCGCAACUGGAGGCCGGAGGUUUCGCGAGAUCGCGCCACUGCCCUAAACCCUGCGCGUCCCUUGCUUACAGUGUGUGGAAAGGUCGAGUCAAGUUGAAAACGCACAAUCCCCACACCCGUUCAUAAUGGAUCUGGCCGCGUUUAAACCGAAGGUAGAUCCCAACGAUACGUUGGGCGAACGACAUGGCCGCGAAAUUGAAGAUGAUUUCGGUGGCAAAGGUAUUGCGGUUGUGGUGCCCGAUCGUAGUGCCACCGAGGAAGGUCCACCACAGCAGACCAUGGUUGGCGGUGCGACCGUCUACCUGACGGAAACGUUCUACAUCAGUUCCAAGAAGAACACCGUGUUUGAGGUACGGCUCACAGACAAGGGUCUCUGCCUGAAGAAGCAAUCGAACGGUUCGACCAAGGAGCAAACAAUCCCGCUAAAGGACAUCAUCGGCUGUCGGUGUUUGCGCAGCAAAAGAAGAUCCCGCGGCAGUUCGUCGUGCACCUGUGCCUCCAUCUCGAGCUCCCACCAGCUGAAGGUGGUCGAGGAGAACUCCGACGAGCAGGACGAAACGGACGUUAGCGCUUAUCUGUACAUCUACGCCUACAUCCUGAAGCGUAACCGGCGGGGUGGAUUCCGCGAGAGAACCACCAUAACGCUGCGCUUUCGUUCCUUCGACCGGUACGAAGAUAAUAACCGGGAGGCACAAAAGUGGCGUGCCUCCAUCAAGCAUCUGGUGGCGGGUGAACCGGUGCAGAAGUUCACCUAUCAACCGCGGGACACGCGCAAAAUGUUGAUCAUUCUGAAUCCCAAGUCGGGUUCGGGAAAGGCGCGCGAAAUGUUUCAGCAGCGUGUUGCACCGGUCUUUGCCGAGGCCGAGAUCCCGUACGAUCUGCACAUCACGAAGAAAAGCAAUUGGGCGCGUGAAUUUGUACGGUUGCGCGAUGUGUACCUGUGGCGGGGUAUUGUCCUCGUGGGUGGCGAUGGUAUCUUCUUCGAGGUGUUGAAUGGACUGUUCGAGCGGGAAGAUUGGCAGACGGCUAUUGACGAGCUGCCGAUGGGAAUCAUCCCGUGCGGAUCGGGCAAUGGACUAGCGAAAACGGUCUCUUUCCUAUAUGAAGAACCGUUCGACACGAAACCUGUACUGGCGUCAGCUUUAAUGGUAGUUAAGGGAAAACAUUCCAUGUUAGACGUAGUUAGAGUCGAAACACGUUCCAAUAUUAUGUUCUCGUUUUUGUCGGUCGGCUGGGGACUCAUCUCGGACAUUGACAUCGAGAGCGAACGGUUGCGUGCGAUCGGUGGCCAACGGUUCACCGUGUGGUCCGUCCAUCGGUUAAUCAGCUUGCGCACCUACCAAGGCAAGGUGUACUAUCUUCCGGCUUUAGUUAGUCAAACGAAUGGCGUUGGCGAUGGGAACCUCACGCACCCGAACGGUGGUGGCAUCGGCACACUGAAGCACAGUGUUAGUUACAACACGACACUAAACUGUCGCGACUGCCGGGGACUGAUGGGGCAGGACGGUGGUUGUGGUGGUACCGUCGGUAGCUGCGAUGCCUGUGAUACAAACUUUAGCGAUGUGCUGUCGCUGGAAACCGGUACCAAUUUGGACUCGUUCCGGCCACGUAUCGAUAGCUGGUAUUCGGCCACCUCGCGCAAAAGCACCUACUUCUCGACGGUGGACAGUGUGUACGAGAGUGAUAAAGCUUCCAACGAUGAUCCUACGCAGAACGGUGGCCCUAAUGGUGGUGGUGUGAUGUACGGACCACCCUCUAGACUUCCCGCACUAACUGCCUCGCUGCCGGACACCUGGCAAACGAUUGCUGGCGAAUUUGUGAUGGUACACGCGGCGUAUCAGUCGCACCUCAGCACGGAGUGUUACUUUGCGCCCCAGUCGCGCCUUAACGAUGGGAUCAUAUGGUUGCUGAUCAUCCGGGCGGGCGUUUCACGAUCGCAGCUACUGUCGUUCCUGCUCGGGCUAAGCAGCGGUACGCACCUCCCAAUGCAGCCGAACGAACACAUCCAGAUGGUGCCGGUUUCGGCGUUCCGGAUCGAACCGGCCGGUACCAACGGUCACAUGACGGUCGAUGGCGAGAAGGUCGAGUGUGGACCGAUUCAAGGUGAAAUCUUUCCCAGCCUAGCGAAACACACCAACAUGGCUGUCUAUUGCUGGGGAAAUACGGCCCACGGUGAGCUCGGUCUCGGUGGGAUUGAAGAGGAACAGGUAAUAGUUCCACGUAAGAUGGAGUGGUCGCAUGCGGAAGAUGUGGCGCAAGCGGCUUGUGGAACCACUCACACGCUGUUCCUCACGAAAGAGGGCAAAAUGUACGCCUGCGGGAACAACGAUCACGGUCAGCUUGGCCACGAUACAGACACGCUACCAAACAAAAGGCCACGUAUGUCCAGAUUUAAACUUUUGACAUCGCUAGAAAACUACAUCAUAACGCAUGUCAGCUGUGGCAUAGCACACUCACUAGCCCUAACAAACUGGGGGCAGCUGUUUAGCUGGGGCUCGAACGCCGUCGGUCAGCUGGGUCACGAUACGGAAAAUGGGCGCCAGCCGAUACCACGCAUGAUAAAGGCGAUCGGUGCAAAACACGUCGUACAGAUCGCAUCCGGUCAAUACCAUUGCCUGGCGCUAACAAACAACGGCGAACUGUACGCUUGGGGUUCGAACUCCUACGGGCAGCUUGGCAUUGGUACGACAAAUGAGAAGCUGGCAAUACCAACGCUGGUACAAUCGUUGGCCGGUGUACCGAUUGCUUUUAUCGCCUGUGGUGGAAAUCAUAGUUUUGCUGUAUCCAAAUCUGGUGCAAUUUUUGGCUGGGGUAAAAACACUUUCGGCCAGCUCGGACUGAACGAUCUUAAUUCGCGCUGCUAUCCGACACAGUUGCGCACCCUUCGCAGUUUGGGCGUCCGGUACAUCAGCUGUGGGGAUGAUUUUUCCGUCUUUCUCACCAACGAAGGUGGCGUGUUUACGUGUGGUGCCGGUACGUUCGGUCAGCUAGGGCACGGUAGCUGCAGCAACGAGAUAUUACCACGGAAGGUGUUCGAACUGAUGGGAAGCAAAAUAACGCAAAUUGCAUGCGGCCGGCGUCAUACGCUAGCGUUUGUGCCUUCUCGUGGGAAGAUAUACGGGUUCGGACUUAGCGGUGUCGGUCAGCUAGGGACCGGUAUACUAGGCAACUUUAACACUCCACAGAUUGUUCGUGGACCAUGGUUCAAAACAGACUUUGAACCGUCAGGCUGUGAUGAAACGCAAAUAACUGUGAGUCGCAUAUUUUCCGGUGGAGAUCAGUGCUUUGUUUCGGUGUUAGGAAACGAAGAUUCUGCCGAUUUCCGUGUCUAUGACAAUAGCACGCAGAUUCUAUCCCUUUCGCCAGAAAUGGGAAAGGAAUUAGCGAAAAUAGAACCAGAUCAAACGAUCGAGCUCGAUCUGAUGUCGUCGGUGGAAACGAUCUUCAAAUCGUUAGCGUGUAUGAACGGUUCGCUACUGCUGCCAAACGAUGAACAUUUCUGCUGCACCUCGAAACACCCGGGCUUGGACAUGGUGGCGGCAGAGGAAACGUUCGAUCACAUACGCAAGAUAGAGCGUGAAUCAAUCCGACAACUGAUCCGCGAUUCGAUCGAAUCGGAACUGCUCGGUGCCUUAAUGCCUUCGCCGGCCGAUGUAGAGACGCUUCGGAUUUAUCUACUGCUGCCGCUGUACCAUGAAUUUAUUAAUCCAAAACACUACCAAAAGCUACACUCGCCGUUCAGCCAAUCGGUACUGAAGCUAGCCAAAAAUGCGUACGAAAUCGUGGUAAACUGGUGGGCCAGCCAAUCGAAGGAAUAUUUCGAAUGUAUGGUGGAAAACUUUAAGAGCGUCAUACUGUACAUCAUCAACUUUAAGCAGCCGCGUGUGGUAGGUUCAACGAACAAGCAGGAGGUUCGGUACGAUCCACAUCUUGCCGCGAUGCUGGACAUCAUAGCGGUCCUGUACUGGAUCAAUCAUCAGAAGCGAACGGAGAAGUUACCGUACGAACAGUUCCACAUCAACGAGAUUGACGAUCUGGUCGACAUCCGGCAGGAUUACAUGCGAUGGACGACGGAUACAAACGGGGUAACGUUUUCGCUCUGUAACUAUCCGUUCAUUUUCAAUGCCGCUGCCAAGAUGCUGUUGCUACAGACUGAUCAAAUGUUGCAAAUGUACCAAGCGAUGCAGAGUGCGGCGACUGUUAAUCUGCUGUCGAUGUUGUGUUCCCCAAUGCCAAGUGCCGCCUCGCAGUAUAUAGUGCUGAAUGUGACGCGUGAAAACAUUGUGCAGGAUACGAUCCGUGAGCUGUCGCACUAUGCGGCGAGCGAUCUGAAGAAACCGAUCAAGAUCAAGUUCUGCGGUGAGGAAGCGGAAGAUGCGGGUGGUGUGCGGAAGGAGUUCUUUAUGUUGCUGUUGCGUGAUAUUCUCGAUCCGAAGUACGGUAUGUUUAAAUCGUUCGACGAUUCAUGUGCGAUCUGGUUUACCGAGGAUUACUUCGACAGUGACGAUAGUAUGUUCGCGUUGAUCGGUAUAUUGUGUGGGCUGGCGAUCUAUAACUUCACGAUCAUCGCCCUACCGUUUCCGCUCGCACUGUACAAGAAGCUGUUGGGUGAGGAGGUCGACAUGAAGGAUCUUAAAGAUUUAGCACCGAUGGUGGCAAACUCGAUGCAAAGCAUACUGGACUAUGAUGGGGCGGAUCUGGAGGAUGUGUUCGAUUUGUCCUUCACCAUCACCAGGGACUAUUUCGGGGAGAUACAAACCAUUCCGCUAAAGCAGGACGGUGAAAACAUUCGAUUAACGCAAUCGAACAAGCAAGAGUUUGUCCAACUCUAUAUAGACUACGUGUUUAACAAAUCCGUUGAGAGGUCAUUCCGACAGUUUCACGCUGGCUUUAUGCGUGUCUGCGGUGGUCGCGUGCUGAAGCUGUUCAAAGCGCACGAGCUUAUGUCUGUGGUGGUGGGUAAUGAGGAGUAUGAUUGGCUAGCGCUAGAGGAAAAUGCCGAAUACAAGAACGGUUACAAGUGCAGUGAUCAGACGAUACGAUGGUUUUGGGAGGUGUUUCACGAGUUACCAUUGGAAGAGAAGAAAAAGUUUCUGCUUUUCCUUACCGGUUGUGACCGUAUUCCGAUCAUGGGUAUGAAGGCGAUCAAGAUAUACAUUCAACCGACACCGGACGACAAAUUUCUACCGGUGGCACACACCUGCUUUAAUCUGCUCGAUCUACCUCAGUACCAAACGAAGGAGAAGCUCAAGUACAAAUUGCAACAGGCAAUCCAACAAACGCAAGGCUUUAGCUUGGUGUGAACAAAAAAAACAGAUCGAUCUCGACGUACUCCUCUCCUUACACUCCCCGUCUCUUCUAUUUUCCUUUAAAUGUUUCAUACAAAUUCGGUAGACAGUUGGUUUCUCGUUUAUAAUCUGGUUUUACUCACUAUUUAUGUUACGCUUUUGUUUCGACACAAACGGACGCGCUAAAUGUUCCAUGAUGAAUGUAUUGCGUUCACUAUUUUAUAUUUAUAACAAACUGUUGCUACUGUUAACGUCUGCCACCGUUCGAAUCAGGUAAAUAAUGGUGUUCGAAGUUGUUGAAACGGAUCAAAAUAGGGCAAUAAAUUCAUGGAAGCAAUAUUAGCAAUACUUGCAUAA